CGACGACACGACACGACACGACACAACACUCCACUACUUUUCACCACUUCAGCAGAGGCAUAACCAUUCGCUCAUGGCCUUGGCUGUUGCAAUCUUUUCAUAACGAAUAUUACCGCUAAACGACCCGGACCCCGAACUGCGAACUGGGAAUCAUGUCGGAAGGAGACAAGUACGAUGUGCUCGAGAAGAUUGGGCAUGGUUCCUUUGGCGUUAUUAGAAAGGUGCGCAGGAAGCAGGAUGGCCAGAUCCUUUGUCGCAAGGAGAUCAAUUACUUGCGCAUGUCGCAGAAAGAGCGGGAGCAGCUGCACGCCGAGUUUGCGAUUCUCUCCUCACUUCGACAUCCAAACAUCGUCGGAUACUUCCAUAGAGAGCACCUGAAACAAAGUCAAGACCUUCAUUUGUACAUGGAAUACUGUGGGAAUGGAGACUUGGGGCGCGUCAUCAAGGACCUUCAGGCCAAGAAACAAUAUGCAGAGGAAGGCUUUGUUUGGAGCAUGUUUUCACAAUUGGUCACAGCUCUCUACAGAUGCCACUACGGCGCCGAUGCGCCAGAAGUUGGAAGCAAUGUUAUGGGCUUGGGGAAUUCUGCGAAACCACGACAGCCAGCAGGGGGUGUUAUGAUUCUUCAUCGUGACCUGAAGCCAGAAAAUGUCUUCUUAGGGGAAGAUAACUCGGUAAAACUUGGCGACUUCGGCCUCUCGAAGAUCAUGCAAUCGCAUGACUUUGCCUCCACAUACGUCGGCACUCCUUUCUACAUGUCCCCAGAAAUCUGCGCUGCGGAACGAUACACUCUCAAAUCAGAUAUCUGGUCUUUAGGAUGCAUAAUCUACGAAUUAUGCGCACGAGAACCACCAUUCAAUGCGAAAUCACAUUUCCAACUCGUCCAGAAGAUCAAGGAAGGCAAGGUUUCGCCCCUGCCGAGCGUCUACUCACCGGAGCUCAAUGCUGUGAUCAAAGACUGCCUCAAGGUCAACCCCGAUCGACGACCGGAUACCGCAACGCUGCUCAAUCUCCCAGUUGUCAAGUUGAUGCGAAAGGAGAAGGAAGUGGUCGAAUUGGGACGCAUGGUCAAGAACAAGGAGGAACUCACCGCGAGGCGACUGCAAGAGGCAGAGGAGAGAAUCAAGGGUCUAGAUGUAGAGAAGGCACAAAUGCGACAAGAGAUAGAGGCUUCUCUCAGAAGAGAAUGGGAGGUGAAGGCUCAAUUGGAGAUCAAUCGACUUGUCCAACUCGAGAUUGAAAGACUUCAAAAGAAGUUUGAUCAAGAAGUUCACCAGAAGGUCGAGGCGGAGGUUGAGAAACGAUCAAGCACACAAAGCCAGGUUUCUGCUAAGGAUUUCUCUAAAUCGGGAUCCUUGGUUGGAAAUGAUAUUGCACUGUCUUCUGUCGGUACAAGCGGAGAUGGUGAUUUCCCCGACUCAACAGACCUUACAGAUCUCUCGAUAGAUUCGCCCGAACCCAUCAAGGCUCUCAAGAAGAGCACCAGAACGCCUUUCGGCCGCGCCCAGACGAUGUUUGCCGGAACGCCGAUGGAUGUUGAAAUGGCUGAGCCAUCACCCAUAUCCAUUGCCUCACUUUCCCUUUCACCUCGCCGUAAUGGGGCCACCAAAGCUCCAAGUGCUGGACGAAACAUCUUCGCUGCUGCUGCAGGAGCCGAAGCUCGAUGGCAGCCACAACUCAUCGAUUCCGAUGACUCAGGCGACGAUGAUGUCCCUUCUGUUCCAUCGCCAACACGACAAAAAUCUACGAAGAACCCUUUCAAAUCAAACAGCUCGCGGCCACCGUUGAUCUCACAAAAGACGGCGCCAAUCCAAAAACAAGGUUCCCAGCCCAACAUCUUCGUUGGAAAGGCUGCAACUGCACCAACAUUGCCCACCCUUUCGGGUGCACCCGAGCUUCGACCACAACCCAGCACUACCGCCCUCAAAGAGCGAAGUUCCUCACCAAAUCGACGCCUAUCGAAAAUACCAUCAUCAGCGAACAUCAUCUCUCACGAAAACGUCCCCUUAUCACCAACCAGAAAGUCGAGCUUGAAAUCCAAAGCCUCAAAUGCCGAAGACCUCAACAAGAUCGCAACCAAGAACAACAUGAUUAAAGCCACCAGUGGCACGAAUAUAGCUCCUAAAGGACGCACACUCGUCGAACUGGCGCAAGCGAGAGCAGGUGGUCGUACCGUCGACGACGGAAACCGAAGUCCAGAGCCGAAGGGAAGAGCAUUUGCGGUGCGGAUGGCAGAGAAGGAGAAGGCGGCGGGAGAGAAGGGAGAGCCUCCUGUUUGGGACCCUGAGAGGGAUGAGAUGCCGAGUCCGUUUUUAGUACGAACAAGAGCGCCUGCACGACGACCGUGAGCAGGAGGUCGUAUGGGAUGACGAUAAAUGAGAAAAUGAGAUAGGAAAUUGAAUAUGGUAUAAGUUGGGGAGGAUGGGUGGAGACCCGAUUGGUAUUUCUGCACCAUCACCGAGCAUGCCUCGUAGGCACGUUUCCUUUGUCAUUGCAUGGAAGGGCAGUUGGAAAGAGAGAGGCACGCAGGCAAGCUGGGCGUUCGUUGGAUUCGCUGAUGGGUGGAUGGAUAUGUAUUGUACUUCAUACGUUCUUUUUGGAGUUUGGUGUGGUGUGGGUGUUGGGAUAGAGGCCUAAGGGCAGCUUGAUCAAUGGAAUUGAUAUCUUACUCUAGUUUCGACGAUCUGGGUAUGUUGCUGCCUGUGAAACAGGGUCGGUCUCAUUUUCGUCUACAUGUAACUGGUCUCUUGUGCACUUCCUUGAUUUAAAGAGAAGGUGAAGGAGAAGGGCAGGACAAAAAAAAUCUAUAAAAAAAGCAGU